AAAACAUCUAUUGAGGUAAAUUGUCAGAGUUCCAUUGACUUUGAUGGAGCUCUGACACUUUAUAUUAGCUGAGGAUCUGGCUUACUUUGUGUAUAGGCGUGAGGGCUGAAAUAUAUGAAAGCGACCAGGCACAAAUUCGUUCAUAAGUGAGUGAAAUGAUGAUUGCGAUUUGCAUCACAGCUCUUUGGUGGGAAACAAUUACACAGGAGCUGCCAUUUUACAGGAGCAGAUGAAUGAUCCAUCUGGUCUGGUGUCCUGUUUCUGACAGUGACCAAUGCCACAUGCUUCAGAAGAAGAUUGAGCUCAGUCCCCCUUUUUCCCCGUAAUUCAGGGAUGGGCAUUCCUUCCUGGCCCUGGCUGGUGAUCAGUCUGUGCUCUGAAGCAUGAGGAUUGAGAGCCCUUGGCUAGUAUAACUUCAGAUACCCUUGUGAUUCACUUAACGAUGAUACCUAAUCCUCUUUAUGAGUUUACUUAGCAGCAUUCCCCAUUAAAAGCCUGGCACUAUUGCUCUGAAGUGAAAUGCUGUCACUAGAUAUCUUGUCCAGAAAUUGCCAGACUGGAUCAGACCCAAGGUCCUUCUGGUCCAGUAUCCUGUCUCUGACCGUGGCCAGCACCAGAUGCUACAGAGGAAGGUGUAAGAAACCCUGCGGCAGGCAGAUGCAGGAUACUCUGCCACAUUCAUAAGAAGUCCACACGGGUGGGAAAUAGGCAUCUAUGUGACUGGCGCACUUGUUCUGCUGGGAAUAGCUGCACUAAACCUGUGGAAACUAUGGAAGUCUGGGAAUUAUCCAACACCGUCUCCAUUUCCCAACUACAACUACCGAUAUCUGGAACAAAAGUACGGGACUACGUAUUCGGACAUCAAACUCAAGAGAGGGGGAGCCUCAAACUUCCGUAAGGCAGCAGAAAGGACGUCCCCUGUCCGCAAGCCCAGCCUGAAGAUGGAUGACACCUUUGAGAACAUCAAUGAGCUGGGUACCUUAGAGUUGAUGAGCAAAGACCUAGAUCUGGGUCCAUUCGGGCCACUGAAGAAAUCCGUGUCCACUGACUCUCUCAGCUCCAUCUCCUCCAUUGGGAAUAACUUUGGCCAAGACUUCACUGUGGGCCAGGUGGAAGUCAACAUGGAAUACGAUGUGUUCUCCAACACCCUGCACGUCACGCUGCUGCAAGGGAAGGACCUCCUGGAGAAGGAGGACGUCAACUUUGAGUCGUGCUUUGUGCGCAUCAGCUUGCUCCCAGAUGAACAAAUCAUUGGCAUUUCCAGGAUUCAAAGGAGUGCCUUUUCUGUCUUCUUUGAUGAGAAGUUUUCCAUCCCCUUGGACCCGUCUGCGCUGGAGGAAAACAGCUUGAGAUUUUCUGUCUUUGGCAUUGAUGAGGACGAGAGGAACAUCAGCACCGGGGUAGCAGAGCUGAAGCUGUUGGACUUGGAUCUGGCCAGCCGCCCAUUCAAUGCUUGGCUCUAUCUGCAGGACAUGAACAAGGCAGUUGACUCGGUGGGAGAGAUCCUGCUGUCUCUUAGUUACCUACCCACAGCGGAGAGGCUGACGGUCGUUGUGGUUAAAGCCAAAAACCUCGUGUGGACCAACAGCAAAAUGACAGCAGAUCCUUUCGUCAAAGUGUACUUGCUUCAGGACGGGAGGAAGAUCAGCAAGAAGAAGACAGCUGCGAAGAGAGGUGACACAAAUCCGGUGUUUAAUGAGGCCAUGAUUUUCUCAGUGCCCGCAAUCGUUCUACAGGAUCUGUCUCUCCGGGUGACGGUGGCAGAGUGUUGCGAAGAUGGGAGAGCGGAAAACAUUGGCCAUGUCAUCAUUGGCCCGUCGGCCAGUGGCAUGGGCAUCACGCACUGGAACCAGAUGUUGGCCACCUUAAGGAAGCCAGUGUCCAUGUGGCACCCAGUUCUACGAAAUUAAGGGCAAAGUUACACUCUGCGAGUAUCUUGCAUGGUGCCUAGACUUCCCAUAAGCAAAUAUGCUUGGCAAAUGGACAGUGGUACGUGGGACAUAAACUAUUUUUCCAAAUGUUCUUCACAAGUUCCAUUUAGUAAGAAGGAGCAGCAGGGGAAGUCACUGAAUCAGAUCCUUGAGAAAGCUUCAGUGGACUAAAACCUGAGAGAAGAAGCAACUCAAGUGUGAUUAUGCACAGAAGUAGCUUCCGGGCAAACACUUCCUCCCUAGCACUUCCUUUCCAGUGACACCCGCUUGGGAGUCCCAUUAUCCCUAAUUGUCUGUGAUUUUAUUUUCCAGUGAACGUUACACAAUAGAGCAUGGUCUGUUCACUGACUUAAGAGGGUUAGGGGUAAAUUUGUGAUCUGGCACCCAUGGUGGGCUUAGCCCCACAGGUUUUCAAGACAGUGCCUGGGGGGAGUUUAGCCACAUGGAUUUCCAUCUACAUAAUGGCCAGGCUGGCAUUUAACCACCGGGUGUUUUCAGUGCAGGGGCCAAUGGCUUUAAUACAGUGCUACCCUGACAAUAGUGCCUUCUCCAAGAGAGGGGUCCUUUGGUUCCUCCUCUGGAUGGCUCCCCAUUUAAAACUUGAGUUCAGGCACAGUGAGCAGCUCCAGAAAUAGCGGGUGCUUAUCUUCCCCGUCUGAUUACUGGACAUUCUGAGCUAAACUGUGAGCAGAGGGAAUACAAAUGUUGGCAUUUUUAAUAAAGGAGCAGCCUUUUUUAAAAAAAGAAUGAUAUUUCCCAAAGCAUAAUAUGAACCUAAAGGAGAGUCCCUUUAGGAAGAACUCAUACUGCACUUUACCAUUUCAGUGAACCCCCCGCUUUUCCAUAGUCCAUUCUCUCAAAGGCUCGAUUCUGCAGUCAGUAGAAGUUGAGGGCCCUCAGCACCUUGGACUCUUGGAUUUUGGGGGUCUCCAUCUCCAUUUUGGGGGUUUGAGGUUGGCUGAAAUUCUUCAAAUUUCAAUUAAAAAUGUCAUCAAAAUCUGACUGGGAAAAAAUGGGGAUGGUGGUGGAAUUUGAUAACAUAUUGGUGACUCCUGUUUUUUUGACCAACUAUGGAACAGGGUGAAAUGUUUUGAAUUUCAAAUGCCAACCAGAAAAGUGGGGAAAUGUCUACUCACAAAACAGCUGAUUUCUUUUUUUUCCCCUCCUGUUUUCCAGCCAAUUCUAGAGUCCAACUUGAGACACAUUGGUGCCAAUUUCCAGAGCUCCUGAGCUUCUGCAGACCUUCAGUUGGGAUUGUGGGUGCUCAGCACCUCUGGAAGCCAGGCCCACAGGGUCUCGUAUUGGGCACCCCAACAGUGUAAGCCUCGGUUUUUACUCAGUCCCCACCUAAAGAUCAAAUUGCGGUCAAGUUUAGCACAUGCCAGCUUAUCCCAGGCUCAGCUCAGCCACUCUUCCUAGUCAAGAUAAACCCAGGGUUGCCAGCUAUCACAGUUGUGUUGCAAAUCUCAUGAUUUUUGGUGUUUUCCAUAAAGCCCCAGCUCUUGGAAUCAUGUUGUUACUUGCUAAACUCACUUAAAACAAAAACAACAAACAAACUAACUAACCAAAUUAAGUGUCUAGCCCUCAUGAUAAUGGAGAAAAGCUUGAAAACAUGAGCACUCAGGGCUCAAACACUACAACGCAAAUGUAAAGAACCCCAAAUUUAUUAUUUGUAUAAAAUGUCAUGAUAUUUCAGCCAAUCUCGUGAUUUUUGGGGCGGGCACCUGAUUCUCAGUUUUGAAUUUAGGAGUUGGGAAAAGUUCAGUCUCAUUGGGGACAAUUGGUGUUUGUUUGCUUCAGGGCAGUGUAAAAACUGAUUGAGACUCUUCAGAAGAACCAGCUGCUGCUGAAAGCUGUGGAGGUGGAAUGCACGCCCAUUUCCUGCCAUGUUUGAACUUGGAAAAGCCAUCAAGAACCAAAAUGUGUUGCUCAUUGAGGCAUAAGAGGGCCUGAAAUCAGUGCUCUGUUGUGAUGGGCUUUCCAUGAAAUGAAGGGAGAAAUUACUUAAUAGAGGGGAAAUAAAACCAGUCAGCCGUUUAAUUCUACCUCUGUCCAACCAAAUGGCAUGCGGUGGGGGAGUUGGCUUCAGCAUCUGGGCAGAACCAUCAAAAGCAGGCACAGCUGGAUGCAGCCAGCCCAUAUUUCCUCACAGCCCAGGGAUAGUAUCUUUAAAGCAGUCUUGGUCAGGCUGCGCCCUGUACUCUCCUGGGAUGGGAUACCCAAGCUAGUAGAAGAGGUGAUCAAAGCAAUGGCGCAUUGUUUCUUUGCUGCCUUGAAGACUUGUAGUCAGUGAGGAUUCAGAAAAGACAGGAAAGGGGGCUCAGACUGCACCUCUGCUGUGCUAGGUGCUGCCAUGUCUUGGCAGGUAUGAAGCUAUUAGCAGGGCUCCCCCUGCUCCAGAAUGCACAGUUAGCCUUAGGGGCUGGAGCAUGCUCAUUGCUUAGGGGAGGUGAGAACCAAAUAUCGGUAUGCUCUGGGGAGCCCCCAUUUCCCCUCAUCUUACCUGUGUAGGAGCCAGGCAGCUUAUGGACCCAGCUGAAAUGCCCGGCAGGGCUCCUGGGUUCUACUUGCUUGAGGGCAAGCCCAAGCUUCCUGGGCACACAGUGCCAUUGGGCAGCAGGCACUGGGCGAGAGCAUGCUGCGUACCCAGUGCUACUUCCCCAAGCCAGGGGGCUUCCCCUUUGCUAGAGAAACAUGCUUGUUUUCAGUGUGAAUCACCCUUGUCACAUGCCUCAAUCAAAUGGUGGGGAAGUCUGUCAAGUCCAACAAUUGCAGCUUUGUGAACAUGAGACUCACCAACUUCCCAGCUCCAGCAGCUUCCUACAUCGCUAGUCAAAGGGGGGGGGGGCGGGCUGUUCCUUAGCACUGCGUUCUGGGCUUGGCCCUGUGUCAAACUCCUUCCUCCUGCUCUCAAAUGUUCUUCACAAAGCUUUAGGAUAAAUUGAUGUUGGCUUUGAACUUUGUUGGCUGUCUGGGCCUGGUUAAAGGCCAACUUCAGUGGGCUUUGGCUCAGGUGUAAUGUUCCCCCCGUCUUGAUUCAGACAAAGGUUAGAAGCCGUUUUAUUUACAUGGCCUAGUGUCCCAGUUAUAGCUCCCUCUAUGAUGGAAGCAGAGCAAGGAUGGUCUUAUGAUUAAGGCUCUGUACCAAGACACAGGAGAAGGGGGCUUUAGCCCUGGCUCUGAUACCGACGUAUAUGUGGUAUUGGGCUAUCACUCAGACUGCAUCAUUACUGGAUGUCUUUUUAAGAGCUAUGCUGGAGUCCAACCACCAAGUUAUUAAUGCGGAAAUUGCUGGGUGAGAUUCCCUGAGCUGUGUGAUACAGGAGCUCAGAAAAGAUGAUCGCAAUGCUCCUUUCUGGCCUUAAAAUGUGUGUGUUGCAAAUAUCCUUCCCGAGCAUCAGAUCCAUUUGGGAGCACAAGGCCAGGCCGAAACGCUUUUGGCUGCAGCCUCUGAUAAUGCUCGGUGCAAAGAAGAAUGAAAAUGUUAACGGUAUUUAUGGGACCCACCAAAAAGCAACAAUGGCGGUAAUUAAAAUUUGUACUUUGAAUGCUUAAUAAUCCGCUCUCUCCACGCCAUUGUUUUUUCAGCUUUACAUCAUAGCAGAGUAGAGCAAUGUGCCAGCGGUGGGGGGGAGGUGUUAUAUGAAAAGUGUAUCUAGCAUCUUGCCGUAGCUGUGCGAUGUAUUUAAAUGGUUAUGUUAUCACUUUAAAGACCUGUCAGCCUCGGUGUAUUGAACUACAGCACCUGCCCUUCAUUCCAGCUGAAAGAUAAAUAAACAGCGAGGAGACUUGGCAAAUGA